UCCGCAGCAGGGAUGGAGGUGAUGGACAGCUGCAAGUUCUCCCCGUCCGAGCUCUUCUAUGACAGCUCCUGCCUCUCCUCCCCAGAGGGCGAAUUCCCUGAGGAUUUUGAGCCCAGGGAUCUGCCUCCUUUCAGCUCCCACGAGCCCCCCGAGCCCGCCUGCUCCGAGGAAGAGGAGCAUGUCCGAGCUCCCUCUGGCCACCACCAAGCUGGUCACUGCCUCAUGUGGGCUUGCAAAGCCUGCAAAAGAAAAUCCACCACAAUAGACCGGCGGAAGGCAGCCACCAUGAGGGAGAGGAGGAGGCUGAAGAAAGUGAACCAGGCUUUUGAGACCCUGAAGAGAUGCACCACUGCCAACCCCAACCAAAGACUCCCAAAAGUAGAGAUCCUGAGAAACGCCAUCAGAUACAUCGAGAGCCUCCAGGAGCUCUUGAGGGAACAGGUAGAAAACUACUAUCACCUGCCCGGACAGAGUUGCUCCGAACCGACCAGCCCCACUUCCAGCUGCUCCGAUGGGAUGGCCGACUGUGGCAGCCCCGUUUGGUCGGCAAGAGGCAGCAGCUUCGACGCCGUCUACUGCGCCGAGAUGGCCCACGGGUACGCCGCCGAUCAGAGCAGCGCCCUGUCCAGCCUGGACUGCCUUUCCAGCAUCGUGGACCGUCUCUCCCCGGCGGAGGAACCAGGGCUGUCCCUCCGCGACGCCGACUCCCUCUCGCCCAGCGCCAGCAUCGACUCGGGGCCGGAGACGCCCGGCACGCCGCUGCCCCGACGGACCUACCAGGCGCUAUGAGGGGCCGCAGGGCCUGCGCCCCGCGCCUGCCGCCGGGGCCGCCUCCCGCGCCCGGCCGCCUCUUGCAAACGCUUCUCGGGCGAGGGGACAGCCCCACUGCUCCUCGGGCCGCCGCUUCCCUCUGGGGCUGCAGGCAAAGCGCCCCGCCGGCCCCCGGCCCGUGGUCUCCAGCACCCCGGCAGGGCAGGUAGACCCCGGGGCUCGGGACACACGAGCUGCCCUGGAAUCCCCGCUGCAAAUAAAACGUGCUGUGAGA